GCGAACCGUCGAGCAGCCGACGCGCGGGCGCACCGAGGAUGUCCGCGAUCACGAUCUCGAUCGCGUCGGCGCCCGCGCGCGCGCGCGCCCGCGCGACGACGACGACGACGACGAUGCGCGCGAAGAUGAAUCUUCGAGCGUGUUCGACACCUUCGGGGGCGACGCGCGAGGCGCGAGCGAUGAAGAUCAUCGCGCGCGCGGGGGAAGAAGAGGGUGAAACUGUUGAGACUGAAGAAGAAGUGCCCGAAGUUGAAGUCGUCGAGGACGACGAAGAAGUCGCAGGAGGUGCGGAAGAAGAGGAGACCGCGUUGAGCGCGCUCGUCGGUCGACUCGAGGUCGUCGUCGGCGAUAACGCCGACGCAGCGGAGCUUGUGGCCUCCCUCAAGGGAGAAAUCGGUGAUGCAAACGCAAAGAUGGUCGGUAUGGAAGACCAAGUGGCCGCGAUGAAGGAUCAAUACUUGCGUUUGAACGCAGACUUCGACAACUUCCGCAAGCGAACGCUCAAGGAAAAGGAGAACCUCGCGAGCAGCGCCAAGGGGGACUUUGUCAAGGCUCUCUUGCCCGUGCUCGAUAACUUUGACCUCGCAGAGAAGAAUAUCAAGGGUUCGACCGAAGGUGAGGAGAAGAUAUUGACGGGAUAUCAAAACAUGCACAAGCAGUUGAUGGAAAUUCUUUCAUCGCAAGGCCUCCAAGUCGUCGCGGGCGUCGGUGAACCGUUCGACCCGAACGACCAUGAGGCUAUCAUGCGGGAAGAGAACGACGAGAUGGAUGAAGAUACCAUCAUUGAAGAAUUCAGAAAGGGCUAUAAGAUCGGUAGUAGCCUCAUCCGUGCUUCGAUGGUGAAGGUUUCGACCAAGCCGUAAAAGCUCACCGACGCCCGUCGCGACGCUUUUAUAUAUACUAGGACUCAUUUCAAUUCAUUCAUCCAUUA